AUGCUGACCAACGACAGCACCCAGAUGGGAGACCCGGGAAGUCUUAAGGGCUCGGAAUGGAGAGGCCCGGGAGUCCGAGAGCCCCUCCGCUCCCCGGUCCUCUAUUGGAAGCACGACCUAGGUCCGGAGCUGGAACGGUUGCGGGGGGCGGGGAUGAGUGGGCCCCCGAGGGGGCGGCCAGGACCCGCGGCCGGUUGGGGGUCAGCGAGCGCCGCGGCCGUUGAAGACUCCAGCUCCCAGCAGGCACCGCUUCCGCGGCCAAGGCGCGUGGCGGCGAUGCCCGCUGGGACUCGUAGUGCGGUCUGCAGCCGAGACCGACCCGCCCGCCCGCGGCCCCGCAGCAGCUCCAAGAAGGAACCAAGAGACCGAGGCCUUCUCCCGCUGCCCGGACCCGACACCGCCACCCUCGCUCCCCAGCCGGCAGCCAGCAGCCAAGCCUCCAGCGGCAGCGGAUCGACCCGAUUCUGCGGCCGUUGA